AUGAUAUCUGGUCCAAGUUGGUGUGUUGAGUGUUUUAAUAACCCUCUAUCUUUCUUUCUCUCUCUUUCUCUCCAUCUUUCAGAGCAGCGAGGGCAAGCAUCAUCCCCCCCAUCAGAGGAGAGGAGAGGUGGAGGAGAAUCCAACAAAGAGAACGACAACAAUAAGAACACAGAAGGUUCCGGAUUUGGAAUAGAAGACCAAAGGGGUUCCGUCCCAUCCCCAGCCCCAAUCAUCCCAAUCCGGUCCCGCCGCUCUUCAACCCAAUGUGGUCUCCGCUCCAUCCUCCUCCAGGUACGAGACCUGGGUCUGGGCUACGACGCGGACGAGACCGUCCUCUUCAAGUACUGCAGCGGAGCCUGUCCCCGUGUCCGCUCCAACCAUGAUCUGACCCUGACCAACCUGCUCCUGAGGGGGGCCCUGCCUGAGCAGAAUGAGGAGCUGUGGCAGAAUGGACCAUGCUGCAGGCCCACCCACCACCAAGAUCUGGCCUUUUUGGAUAACGCCCAUCGCUGGCACAAGGUGGAGAAGCUGUCGGCUGCAGGGUGUACCUGUGUGGGUUAAUGGGGAGGAGCUGGACGUGAAGGGGGAGGGACAGGGACUGAACAUUCACUUUUGGGCCGUGGCAAUUGGCUGUUCAGAAUGCAAUGGGCGAAGCGUAGAAGCUCAGCUGUGCUGUAAAAGCGUAAUUGAGAUCCAGGAGGAAAGAGAUUAUAGAUGUAGCUAUUAUUUGCUAGAAAGAAAUGCAUUCAUAUGCAUAUGUAUAUUUAUAGUUAUUUAAAGUGGC